CGAAUCACGAGAGCGGCGCAAAUUAGAUAGUUGAAGUUAUGAUAACGGAUGUAAAGUUGUGUACGCAAUUUAGUUGUUUGCACAAGAAGCAUGAGUAUAAUGUAAGUAAUGAAAUAAUGCUGAAACAUGCCCUUUUGGCAGCCAGACAAGGAAACCUUAAAAUGCAUAUGCGUGGGGUGCGUGUGUUAUUGUAUAAAAGAGCUUUAAGUUGUAAAUGUGCUCAGGACAGUAGAUCAGUAGAGAACAGAAUUGGGAUUAAAUUAAUCGCUGGAAGUAGUUAGCAUUGCAUAAUUUAAGUACUAUUACUAAAUUCUAACCAAAUUGCAAAUUUCGACACGUUAUAAUGCCGUUUCCUGACCAUCAGAUUUCUGUCAAAUCUUCCCCCAAGUCCAGGAAAUGGCAUUUCAGAGACUCUAAAUUCAAAAAUUUUCCUGGGGAGCAUGCCCCCGGACCCCCCUAGACAAACCUCGCACCUGCGGCACUCGGCUCGUGCCUUCGGCCCUCGUUUCUCAAUUGUAACAUUAUAGGGGCGCAUAUUAGUUGACAGCCCACUGGCCCCUCCAGAAAAAUAGUACCCAGCACGCCACUUGGCUAGCAGUUAACCCAUUAUAGCGCAAGACUCUCCCCUUGACACGAAAAUCAUCUGGUGUUAGACAGAGUAAAUAAUCUGGCAAUAGACAGAGUAAAAUAAUAAAGUAUAGGGCGCAUUGCAGCUUAAUGGUUGAUAACGUUGUAUCCUGUUCCACAGUACUUCAACAUUUUUUAGGUACAGGCGCAUGUAGCCUGGCACAUUUUGAUGGAUCAGGGAUUCCCAAAGCGUUGGCAGCAAUGGUUGAAACCCUUAAAGAGCAUGCGCAAAAUCACAGGGAACACAGGUAUAAAAUAUAUAUAGCCAUGCUUUGUGGCUACAAAGUAUGCCAGUUUUUGCAUACCUUAUAUAUAGCCACGGUUUGUGGCAAUAAAGUACGCAUGUUUUCAGCAUGCAUACCUUAUAGCCACUAUAAAGUACGCAUGUUUUCAGUAUGCAUUCCUUAUGGCUACUAUAAAGUACGCAUGUUUUCAGUAUGCAUACCUUAUAGCCACUAUAAAGUACGCAUGUUUUCAGUAUGCAUACUUAUAGCCACUAUAAAGUACGCAUGUUUUCAGUAUGCAUACCUUAUAAGCCACUAUAAAGUACACAUGUUUUCGGCAUACCUUAUGACCACGGUUUGUGGCUACAAAGGACGCCUGUUUUUGUUAGGGUUUGUAAUCCAAGUGAAUAUAUAUACAUUUUAAGACCUGACCAGGAACGACUGCGAAAAAUGCAGCACAAGAUCCUCUGGUAGGAAUUGAACCUACGGCCCUGCGAUUCCGGCGCAGCGCUCUAACCACCUGAGCUACAGAGGCCAGCUGUUAAGCUGUAGCCGUAAGUUCAGCGCUGCACCGGAAUCGCAGGGCCGUAGGUUCAAUUCCUACCAGAGGACCUUGUGCUGCAUUUUUCGCAGUCGUUCCAGGUCAGGUCUUAAAAUGUAUAUAUACUCACUUGGAUUACAAACCCUAACAUUCUAAUUAACAUUCCACCAAGUGAAGUGCAAGAAACCAAAUCAUUGAAGUCCGCCUGUUUUUGGCAUAUCUUAUAACCACGGUUUGUGACUACAAAGGACGCCUGUUUUUGGUAUACCUCGCCGUUCUCUGAAAUCACCUAUGCAGGACGUUUUAUAUUUGACUUACACACAGGAAGUUUUUAUUUUUGGAUUUUGCUGAGAGAAAUAAAACUGUGCCUGCCAGGGGGUGCCAUAGGCAGCUUUUUCCGUUGUCCAAACAGAACGGGGGGAACAGGUUGCCCUUUUUUAAAAGACCUACACCUAUUCCCGUGAAUUGAAAUUGAGAACGGUUUUGAAGCAAUUUAGCUUAAAUUAAAUUUGAAUCUGAAAUUCCUCUCAGAAAUGUUACCAAUGUUUUCGACCUCUGUGAAAAAUGUAACGAGGGCUUGAAAUUUAUGCGAUACUAUUUCUGUACAGAAUCGAGAUGUACAUUGUCGGUGGUUUCUUGGACAGUCGUAAUAUUUCAGAGGAUGUAUUCAUGCAAAUUUUACGUAAGUAUAUUCGAGACUUAAGCCUGGUUCAUACUAGCGCAAUUAAAAAUACUGUCGGCGAUUUUGUGUUUCUAACGGAUGCAAAUGAGUGAACUCGCACACAAACGUAUAGAGUCGCUUUUCAGAAGUAAACAAUUUUAAGUCUUGCACGUCAUUCGAUCACAUUUGCCAGGACGAGACCGUCUGCCGGGUUUGGCUCAUUGGUUUGGUUUUGAAUUACCCGUCCAUCAGUGGACUGGAAUUGAUGAUAGGCUGUACUAUUUUUGCUGUGCCGAGUGGUUAUAUUACUAAGGGCCUUCGCUCAAAACGUCGAGUUUGACUACAUUGGUACUACCUACAUUGGUACUACCUACAUUGGUACUACCUACACUGGUACUACCUACACUGGUACAGACAGUUUUUGUACUAUUUUUGCUGUGCUGAGUGGUUAUAUUACUACCUUAAAAAAUAAGCAAAAAAUAGACGUUUCGAGCGAAGGCCCUUCGUCAAGAGUUAGUAGCAGGGAAGCAGGGAUCGGGAAAAAUGCACGGGCUUUUAUACUAAGAGUAUGAAAGUAUCACGUGACAAAAAAUAAACCAAUUAGAUGGAUUUAAUCAUAACAAAGUGUAAACAAAAUAUGUAAAUCGCAUUACAGAAUAUAAUACAAUAAAAAAUAUAUAAAAAUAAUAUAAAAAUAAACAGGAAGCUAAGACAAUUACUACAAAUAAUAAAAAAUUAAAAAAAAAAAACAAAAGUGGGAAUAAGGUAAAAGUAAUAAAUAGAUAAAUGUUGUCAAUGUCUGCUAUAGACAGGCAAGGACAGAAGGAAUUAAAUAUAGGAAAAGCGUUCAUUAAUACCAGAAGGGUGAACAGUGCCAAGUUUGGAUAUGAGGCGCAUUUCACGUCGUAAAAAAAAAGUCGCAUAAAAGCCCGUGCAUUUUCCCCGAUCCCUGCUAACUCUUGACGAAGGGCCUUCGCUCCAAACGUCGAGUUUCUGCUUAUUUUUUAACGUAGUAAUAUAACCACUCAGCACAGCAUUUUCACAUUGGUACUACCCACACUGGUACAGACAGUUUUACUGUACUAUUUUUGCCGCUGUCAAUCAGCUUAUGUUGUCCCAGGUGAGUUGUGUGCUUGAUUUACACAGUACAACUCAAGUUGUAAGCAGGUUGCAUGCGACAGCUUUAGGCAAAAGUUGUGUUGUCUAAAUCAGCCUUCACGAAGUUACUCACAGCACUGCUUACCGGAGGAUUUUGUGUCAAUACUGUUUUGUCUAUUGUAUUUUUAGGCGGAACUUACAAACUAGCAGUAGACAUUGAUCUAUUGUGUGCUUGUGUUUGUCGUAAGUAUUGUGAUAUUUUUAAACAAUAUAUUAAAGUGAGUAUACGACAUGAAAUUUCUUACGUUCUUGAAUGAAAGAACUCCUUAAGCUGUAGUGUAACUUAUUUUUCAGUUUCUUGUAUUUAUGGUUUGUUCACGAGAUAUUUCAAUUUGUUUGAUAUGUAAAUGAGUGUGAAUAUGUCCGCUAAUUUAUGACGUCACGUUGGUUGCAAGCUCCUCAAAAUGGUUGAAUAUCACUGCUAUCAUCCAAGAUAACUUCAAACUUCACUCACUGGUAAAUGUGAUGAAACACUGGAGAAAAACGCGUAAACUGAUAUCUAAGUUUUUAGAGUUAAUACAUUUAUAACAUUUAUAACCAGUUGAGCUUGCAACCAACGUGACGUCAUAAAUUAGCGGACAUAUUCACACUCAUUUACAUAUCAAACAAAUUGAAAUAUCUCAUGAACAAACCAUUAAAACAAGAAACUGAAAAAUAAGUUACACUACAGCUUAAAGAGUUCUUUCAUGUAAGAAAAUAAGAAAUUUUAUGUCAUAUGCACUUUAAAAAACUCGAUAUAAAUAAUUACUUUUCUAUUCACCUAGAAUUAAAUGAUACGAUGCUCAAUGGAAAACAUGUACCGAGGAUAUAUGGGAUAGGUAAGGAACAAUUAAGACUGCUGUGCAUUGAGAUAAACUACCUGAAAUUACAAGCAGUCUUAAUCAUCGUCGCUACCUACAAUGGCACACGAGAUAUAUCACAAAAGGAACAAUUAAUUAAACCUAUGCAUUACGGACACCUCUCGAAUACGGACACUUCUCUGAUACAGGCACCUCUCUAAUAUGGACACCUCUCUAAUACGCAUAUCUCUCUAACACAGACCUCUCUAAUAUUGACAUCUCUCUAAUUUGAACUCCUCUCUAAUUUGGACACCUCUCUAAUACGAAUACAUUGAAGUAUCUCUAAUUUGGAAACCUCUUUAAUACGGACACCUCUCUAAUACGCAUAUCUCUCAAUACAGACACCUCGUUAAUACGUACGUCUCUAAUAAUUUCUUCAAAGAACAGUGAGAAAUUUGAACACAUAUGUUUGGUCAUCUUCGACGUUCUUCUGUAUAGUCAAUUGUAUGAACACGUAGUUAAGGUUUACUAUUGUUCGUGCAAACGUUAACCAACCAACCACAUUUUAAAGUUACCCCCAUUUUCUUUAUUAUGCGCCCUACUCGAAAAUAACCUUUGUUUCAAAUGCCAGUUUUAUGUCACGCAAAAUAUUAUUGCAAGGUUGUUGCAACAUUUUUACUUGUUGACAAGCUUGCUACAAGCCUGUUGCGAACACAUCUUGUUGAUAAGUUGUGGGAAUUUUUACGUGUGUAUGUAUACGAGUGUUAUACAAUUGAGCCCUGUUUUUUUUUUAACUAUGACAUGUAUUCUUAGGUGUUGUGGUGUCAAGUGGCGAAGUAGUACCCGUACAACAGUUUAACUGUCAAAUACCAGAUGAAAUAUUACGUCACGUUGCACUGUAUAGCGAACAAGAGGUAAUCCAUUCGAUUAAGUAUAGCCUAUGGGCUAUAGCUAACCGCGGCUAUGUUAGGAUGAAAAUGUAUUUAGGUGUUAUUGGCAUGGUAUGCUUUUUAAUUUUCUCUUUUCAUUAAGAGGAGAUUUUUUUGUAUGUUACGUAACACGCGCUCAAAACUAAUGCGUAUAAUAUACCACUUGAGGUUAUGACUAAAUUCAAAAUUUUUAUUUUUCGAUAUCUUUCUCAAUCGGCAAACAAACUUAAAAAGUAUGUUUAGUGCUUUAUCUGUAAAAUAAUGCCAAAAUGAAGAGAUUUUAGAUGAUACAAAGAGAAAAUGAUGUCUGAAGUUCAGUAAGUUUUGCUUAUAUGGCUGUAAAUAUGGCGUCAAUUUUAAAGCAUCAUUGGUAAUUGUAUUUUAAUUGACAAUUUUUAACUAAUAUUUUGUGUUUCUCAACCGGCAGAUGCAUUUAAAAAGGUAGCUAACUGUAUAAACUAGAGAAUAAAGCAAAAACAAAGUGAUUCUGAGAGGAAUGCCAAAAAUAUUUUAGGUUUUGAACACUUUUCAUUGUAAAUACGUGACAUUGAAAACAUUGCCUCUUAAUUUUCCAGUUUUGCCAGUGUAUAGCUAUGGCCAUCUCUAUUCCGGGUUUUUCCAGUUCUUUUAUUCAUCUCAUUUUAGCAAGGUUAAGCAAGCGAGGUUUUUUGUCAACACGGACGUCAGAUUGCCGAGCGGUACCCUGGUUGCCAAGGUUCUCGUAUCUUUCGCCUUAUUCCCGCUCGUAUUUAUAACAAGGCGAAAGAUACGAGAACCUCUGGCAACCAGGGUAGCCGAGCGGGGACUGGAUUAAAAACUGUGUUUGUAUCAGAAUGCUGGAUUUGGUGGAUACAUAUAUACACACGAUUUAAGACCUAACCUACCAGGAACGGUCCUUGUGUUUCCAUCAGUUUGUAGUAACCUCCAACUAUGAGAAUUUUGCUUCCUUCCACGAGCGCUACGAUGCAAAAAUUAAUUACACCAAUUUUCGGGUGACGUCCGUGUUAGCGAAAACGUCGUUUGCUUAAGCCUGCCGCACACGAGAGCUAUCUGCUGAGCAAAAAGUUACUCGUGCCUGUUAGCUCAGCCGAUAGCUCACCGUGUGCGGGUACAUUUUACUGAGUUUUUUGCCUCAUGCAACCUUUUCUCGCGUAUCAAACAUGUUUGAUCGGUGAGCUAUCAGCUGAGCUAACAGGCACGAGUAACUUUUUGCUCAGCAAAUAGCUCUCGUGUGCGGCAGGCUUUAGGCUCACUAAUAAUUAGCGAGAGAUGGAUGCAAGCGUUUCCGUGAGAAGCCCCGUUGCGAAACGCUUGCUUCCGAGUCUUACUAUAAUCUUGUUUCCUUUGACCUUAGGACGUUCUACAAGUGUAUAGUUCGCGGACGCAAGAAGUAACAGUGAAACCAUUUCAUUUUUAUUGCCCAUCUGAAAGAGCAAGGGGAAUUGUAAGCCUCUCUGAUGAGACUAUACUUCAGGUGAUCAAUAUACAUUGCCUUGUACACGUGCAAAAGUCUCGCAGCUUGUCAACUAGAUGUGUUCGCGACAGGCUUGUAGCAAGCUUGUCGACAAGUUAUAACA